AUGGAAGCCUUCAACUUUGCGACGUCUCUUGACCUGACCGAGCUGUCGGUCCAUGUUCGAAUAGACCGUCUUGAUGGAAACCAGAAGCCCAUUCCUUACUCGGUUUUGUUGAAGCGGCCGGACCUAAGGCACCGAGCUUCGAAUAUCAACCCACACUUUGAGCUAUAUGUGACGGCACAGAUAUGGGCAGACAGCAAGCCCCUCACCGUCCCCGUUCAAACUGCCUACAAGUCCUUCAAGAACGCGCGCAUCUGGAACGAAUGGCUCCAGCUGCCCGUCACGUAUGCGAACCUCCCCGUCUCGGCCCAGAUAGCCAUCACAGUAUGGGACCUGUCUCCUGCUGAAGACACUGACUCGAACCUCCAUGCCGUACCCUUUGGGGGCACCACGAUACCGCUGUUCGACAAUGACAACACGCUGCAUAAGGGCAGACAACGCUGCCGGAUACACCGCUUCAAGGCAGCAGAUGGCCUGACCAAUACUACAACGCCGUGGGUGAUACCGCCGGCGCGACGUAGUAGGAAAGCAGAGGUGGUGGAGGACACUGUGGAUGAGCAGGUCGCUGAGAUGGAGAGGCUGGAGGGUUUGUUGAAGAAGCAAGAGAUGGGCGAUCUGCCAACCAACAACUGGCUCGACGGCCUGGUAUACAAGAAGAUGAUGCAAAUACGGAAAGAGGCGCUCAAAGCCGAGGCUGUAGCGUUGAACCGACAAAGCAAGACAAACGGAACGAAUGGUUCUACAGACAGCGAAGACCAGGAACUCUUCUAUCUCGACAUCGAACUUCCCCGCUUCGAUCACGCCAUUGUUUUCUCCGACGUCGAGUACCCACCACCCCCCGUAUCAGACCUGCGAUUACCUGCCGAAGCCGAUGUAAGGUUGCGACCCCCACCAGAAGUGUCGUUCGGUCCGGGAAUUGACAUCGAUGGAAUCGGAUAUGGUGAUGCAGAUGCAGGUCGGCUUAUCAAGAUCUACGAUCCUGAAGUCGGUCGAAGGGUCAACCCCGCCGAGGAUAAGCAUCGUGAACUGAUGCGCAGUCAGCAGACUGAUUCACUUGAUCGCGAUCGGAAGCCUAACGUGCACGUUCGAGACAAGCUCAACCUGCUGCUUUCCAAGGGACCUCUUGAGGAAAUUACAUCACAUGAGCGAGACGACAUCUGGAAGUUCAGAUACUUCUUGCUACGAGACAAGCGAGCUUUGACCAAGUUUGUCAAAUGCGUCAACUGGAAGAACCCACGAGAAGCACGGCAAGCUGCGCCCUUGCUCGACAAAUGGGCAGAAAUAGAUGUCGACGAUGCGCUCGAACUUCUUGGACCUCAUUUCGACCACCCUGUAGUACGAAGCUAUGCAGUUGAGCGGCUGAAGAAGGCGGACGAUGAAGAGCUCCAGCUCUACCUUCUACAACUGGUGCAAGCGCUAAAGUACGAAGCGCCAGGUGAAGGUGAUGACUCGUCGUUAGCGCGCUUCCUUGUUACUCGUGCAGCCAACAGUUUCACACUGGGCAACUUCCUUCAUUGGUAUCUUAUGGUGGAGAUCAGUGACUUCAGCACGGAUCAAGAGCCAGAACAUCGUGAACUUUUCGCCAAGGUCGAAUAUGACUUCAUGGUCGAGCUAGAGAAGACACCCGAGGGUGUUGGAAUCCGCAAGACCUUUCAGCGCCAAGGCGAACUCCUCACCAUCUUGGCCAAGAUAUCAAAGGACGUGCGCUUCGGUGGGGGUGACCGAGCUACAAAACUUGCUCGUCUCAAGAAGGCAAUCGCCGACCCAAAGAAUGAGCUCACUAACUUCGAUCCACUGCCUCUACCUCUGGACCCGUCGGUCUACAUCACCGGGAUAUCGACAGAAGACUGCAAUGUCUUGAAGUCGUCUUUACUGCCUAUGGUACUUUCCUUCAAGACUACGACGUCAAACCCAUAUCCAAUAAUCUUCAAAACUGGCGAUGACCUGCGUCAAGAUCAACUCGUCAUUCAGAUUAUCACAUUGAUGGACCGGCUCCUUCGCAAAGAGAACCUCGAUCUAAAGCUAACACCAUACCGUAUCUUGGCUACUUCUACCUCUGCUGGCGCCUUCCAGUUUGUCCCGUCGAUGAGCAUCGCAGCAGCGUGCCAAAAGCACAAAGGUUCGCUGCUUGCCUACCUACGCGCCAACAACCCCGACGAUAGCGCUCCUCUUGGUGUCCGCAAAGACGCAAUGGACACAUACAUCAAGUCAUGCGCCGGAUACUGUGUGAUAACUUACCUCCUCGGUGUUGGUGACCGUCAUCUUGACAAUCUUCUGCUCGCUCCAUCAGGUGCCUUCUUCCACGUGGACUUUGGUUACAUCCUUGGGCGAGACCCGAAACCCUUUGCACCAGCUAUGAAGCUUUGCCGUGAGAUGAUAGAAGGUAUGGGCGGCGUGCAGCACCCGAAUUACCUUAUAUUUAAAGAGUACUCGUACACAGCGUGGUCUACCUUGCGCAAAUCUUCAAACCUCAUACUCAACCUGUUUGCUCUCAUGCAGGGAGCCAAUAUCCCGGACAUCAAGAUAGAGAGGGAAGGUAGUGUGAGGAAGGUUCAAGAGCGCAUGUGGCUAGGGAAGGGUGUAGGUGGGGCCAAGAAUGAAGAUGAGGCAGCGAGAGAAUGGGAGGGGCUCGUUGAGGAAUCAUUGGGUGAUUGGAAGGCUGGGGUAAUUGACUGGGCGCACGAGUUUGUUCAGACCUAUUGGCGGAAGUAA